CCUGCGGCGAGGGCGGGCGGCGGCGGCGGCGGCGGCGGCGGGGAAGAGCGCCUCAUCCCCAUCCCGGUGCUGGCGGAGGAAGCGACGCUGACGCAGCAGCGCGGAGCCCGGCGUUCGGGCGCCGCUGGAUCUCGCCCCACCCGGGGUGAGUCCCCACGCGGACUAGACAUUGAUCCUAUGACGCAUGCCCGGAAGAAACAACUUUUCCUUCUGAAACGUCCAGCUGGUUCUGCUGGCCAGGUUUCAUCACCCACAGGCAACGGGAGGAUGGACAGGACUCAGGCGGAGUGCAGCGAGCAAAAGGACAGGGAUGCCACUGAGGUUGCCAGCAGUUUGAGUGGAUUUGUGGGGACAAGCAAAAGCAAGAAUUUGCAGGAAGUCCGAAAAACGUACCCGCUGCGGAAACGUCUGCUCCCUUCAGUGAACAAAAAGACCUGCAAAGUGCUUCUCACCAGGCUGGAGGAUGUGGCUGGAUCUCUGUCAAAAGAGACCCACAGCUGCAAAAAAAAGGAACUUCCCAGCUGGGUGGAAGAGUUGGGGUCCACCUUUUUUGCUGAACAAGUUAAGCCUGUGGGGGCGGGCAAGAGUGACUCAGCUGGGGAAAAGUGCACAGUAACUUAUCCAGGGACAGAGGAAGACCUUGAUGCUGCUCCUUCAGAGCCCAGGAAACGCAGACUGGCCUCUCUGAAUGCGGAGGCUGUGAACAAUCUGCUCUUUGAGCGGGAUGAUGGCUUGUUGUCUGGCAGGCGCUUUCGGAGGGACCCUGCCAAAGCCAGUGGAGACUGUACUGCCAAGAGCAUGCAUUGCAAGGCAGGUGACAGCUGGCCUGCCUUGGAAAAGACAGCUGUGAAAACAGGUAAAGGCAAAAAUCGACAUGAGGCCAGUCAGAAAUACAAUAGCUGUGACCAUUCACUGGAUGAGGUCUUUGAUGACGGGUUAAGGAGAGAGGAUAGUGCCAUCUCCUAUCAUCCCACCCCAAAGAGACUGGCCAGCCUGAACGCUGUGGCUUUCUUGAAGCUGACCCAUGAGAAAGACCAGCCCCUGAAGCAGAGGAGUAAGUCAGAUGGAGAGGGCAAGUCUGAGAACCACUGCUCAAAGUCUACGCUCAAAUGGGCCAAAGCCAAUAGGAAGAAUUGUGUCAAGUCCAAAAAGGAAGCGGCCAGCUUAAAAAUGGAAGGUCAGCACAGCUGGCGAGGGCUCACUCUGAGUGCUUUCGGGAAAGCAGAACAGCAGGACUCCUCUGGGCUCUACAGGACAGCCCAACCUGUCCCUUAUGAAUCGCAGUCUAGUAUGGAGGGUUUCUACCAUAGACUGCCUUUGCUCAUGGGUGGGCAAGCUUCCAUGAAGCCAGAAUAUGGAAGACCUGGAGAGAAAUCCCCGACUCCAAAACAGGAAUUUCAUCAGCCUUCCUUUCCUGUGCAGCAGUUCCCCCCUUUGCCUGUUCCUGGGAAUCACACAGAUUGUGGCUGUCUCUAUGAAUCCUCAGAUCUGGCUCCGUUGAACGGGUUUUAUGUUUGUUAUGGCCAAAGUGGAUACCGUGGCUACUCUCACUGCUCAGUUUACCCCAAGGACGAACUUUCGCAGCCUGCUACCUGUGAAGGGCUCUUGGUAUCGCCUGGUUCCUUGCCAUCAGGCACUCAUUUCCAGCCACUCCACUGGUGCAGCUCCCCAUACUGCUGUGGAGAAGGAACAGCCAUCAACAGUUACAGUGUCUGUGGUGUUGUACAUGUGCCGGAUGGCAGGAUCAGCAGUGUGCACACAGGACGGAACAGCUACCCCUACAAAAUGCCUUUUGCAGCAGAAGGCUGCAAGUCUCUGGACCAGCUGAACCUCACAAUUCCGGUGGCAGGGCACCCUGCGUCACCUGCCCACCCGCUCUCAGGAUGUCCUGUACCCAGCGUGCCACCAGCUGCAGAACCUGUUCCUCAUCUGCAGACCCCCAACUCUGACCCUCAGACCAUGGCCCGUGAAUGUCCCCAGAGCUCAAAGCCUCCCAGUGGCUCCAAAUCUGGUCUCCGAAAUACGCCAGGCUGUCUGCAUGCCUCUGACAGCAAAACAGUGGGAGGCCAUUCCCAUCCAAAGCAACAGCGCAUCAGCAGGCGAAGGGCCACCAAUGGCUGGAUACCUGUUGGCACAGCCUGCGAAAAGGCUGUCUAUGUUGUGAAUGAACCUGAACCAGCCGUUCGCAAGAGCUAUCAGGCUGUGGAGAGAGAUGGAGAGAUUAUCCGGGUACGAGAUACUGUCCUCUUGAAAUCAGGACCCAGGAAGAAAUCUAUGCCAUAUGUUGCGAAGAUAUCGGCACUGUGGGAAGACCCCAAAACAGGGGAGCUGAUGAUGAGCCUACUGUGGUAUUACAGACCAGAGCACACUCAGGGAGGCCGCAAUCCCAGUAUGCAUCAGAAUGAGAUCUUUGCAUCCCGACAUCAGGAUGAAAACAGUGUUGCCUGCAUAGAGGAGAAGUGCUACGUGCUGACCUUUGCAGAGUACUGCAGAUUCUGUGCCUUGGCAAAGCGUCGAGUCGAAGGGAUCCCUGGCAGGAAAGCCGUCAUGGUUCCUCCCUCGGAAGAAUACUCCACACCUCUGCACCGCAAGGUGCCUGAGGACACUGACCCUGAGCUGGUUUUUCUCUGUCGUCAUGUCUACGAUUUCAGACACGGGCGCAUCUUGAAGAAUCCACAGUAGCAUGGCUCUGCACUGAGACUGUGGUGAGGGUGAGCAGCGCUGGGGAGCUGAUGGCAGGACGGCAGCCUGGGACAUCUGUGUGCUCCCACCCAUUUAUCUUGUGCUGCUCGCAACCAAGAGCUCUCAGUGCUCUUUCCUUGGACUGAAAGGCGUGCAUGGGAGCAGAUCCCUGUGGAGGAAGGCAGUGGUUGAAAGCACAGCACUUCGUUAAAAGCAUAAAUGAAAAUAUAGACGUUAAAAUAAAUAUAUGUAUAUAGAUA